UCGCGUCGCGAGGUUGCCGGUGGAGUCGCGCCAUUUCCUGUUGUGUCGGUGAGGAGGGUUGGUUUUGUGGAUUAAAAUUACGUUUUUAUCAUUUUUAGAAGUACUACCAUCUUCAUUUCAUUGCAAGCUCAACUUUGAAGGGUUGACCUUCACGUCCAGUCACUGGUAAGCUGCUUCCCGGGCCAACAUUUUUACAAGCGAAAGUGCCAUCUUGUGCCGGAAUCGUCAGGAGGUUCCAUCACCGGCUGAGCGGGAGUGGUGGACGCGGCCAUGUCUCGUGCGGGGCCGUCGAGCGAGUCGGCGGCCAUCGUGUACCCGCCCGGGUGCCGCGAGAUCACCGAGGACCUCGGCCCAGAUGAGCUCAUCAGGCGCCUCAAGACGCUGGCGCACACGUACCAGUCGAUGGUGCAGGAUGACGGCGCCUACCAGGAGUACCUGCCGCUGGCCAAACACAUCGCCGACGACUACUUCCGCGAGUACCCCAGCAAGGACGUGCAGCUGCUGGUGGCCUGCUGCAUCGCCGACGUGCUCCGCGUAUACGCGCCCGAGGCGCCCUACAAGGACCCCGCUCAGGUCAAGAUGAUCUUCAUGUUCCUGAUAAAGCAGCUGGCCGGUCUGAAGGACCCCAAGGACCCGGCGUUCAAGCGCUACUUCUACCUUCUGGAGAACCUGGCCUACGUCAAGUCGUUCAACAUGUGCCUCGAGCUGGAGGAUAGCAACGAGAUCAUCUGUAGCCUCUUCUCGCUUACAUUCAAAAUUGUCAAUGACGAGCACUCGGGCAAGGUGAAGAGCUUCAUGCUGGACGUGCUCUGUCCUCUGAUCUACGAGUCAGACGUCGUCUCCAACGAGCUGAUGGACAUCAUCCUGAUGAACAUCGUGGAGCCGGCCAAGUCGUCACGGCGCAACGCCUAUCACCUGGCCAAGGAGCUCAUCAUGAAGUGCAGCGACACACUGGAGCCCUACAUCCAGGCGUUUUUCAACCACGUGCUGAUUCUGGGCAAGGAGGAGAAGAAGCUGGGCAUCUCGAGGAAGGUGUACGACCUGAUCUACGAGCUGAACCACAUCUGUCCCACCGUGCUGCUGGCAGUGGUGCCCCAGCUCGAGUUCAAGCUGAAGUCGACGGAGGAGGACGAACGAUUCCACGCCGUCAGUCUGCUGGCGCGCAUGUUCUCCGAGCAGGAGUCCAACCUGGCCAUGCACCACCGGCAGCUGUGGCUCGCCUUCCUCGGCAGGUUUAACGACAUCUCUGUGAAGAUCCGCACCAAGUGUGUGCAGUACUCGAUGCACUUUCUGCUGAACCACCCGGAGCUGCGCUCGGACAUCACGGAGACGCUGAAAUUCCGGCAGCACGACUCGGACGAGGCCGUCAGGUACGAGGUGGUGAUGGCCAUCGUCUCCACGGCCAAACGAGACUUCAGCAUCGUCUCGGAGAGCGAGGCGCUGCUCAACUUCGUCAAGGAGCGCACCUUAGACAAAAAGUUCAAGAUCCGCAAGGAGGCCAUGUGCGGUCUGGCCAUGAUCUACCGGAAGUACCUGAGUAACCCGGACGUACCGGAGGCCACGCGCACGGCCGUCACAUGGAUCAAGGACAAGAUCCUGCACGGCUACUACAUGACGAGCCUGGACGACCGACUUCUGGUGGAGCGCAUCGUCAACACGUGCCUGGUGCCGUUCACCCUGCCGCCCGGCGAGCGCAUGAAGAAACUCUACUACCUGUUUGCCACGCUCGACGAGAACGCCACCAAGGCCUUCAUCGAGAUGCAGAAACAGCAGCUGGCCGUCCGUAAGACGGUGCAGGAGCUGCUGGAGCUGCACCGCACGCCCGUCUCGGAGGAGCGCGAGCGGGAGAAGGUGCUGCGCAUCAACCACCUGUCCAAGUUCCUGCCGGACCCGGUCAAGGCGCAGGAGUUUAUCCGCAAGUUCUCCCAGCACCUGGCGCAGGAGGAGUCGCUGCUGCAGCUCAUGGAGACAGUCAUCAACCCGACCGUCUCCUGCCGGGAGAGCGUCGACAGCGUCAACAUGGUGCUGAAGCGGCUGGGCCAGCCGGUGAUGACCAACCUCUACUACAACACCAUCAAGCAGCUGCUGGAGCGCGUCUCGUCGGUGAUGAUCGACCACGACGCGCUGCUGGCGCUGGUCUCAAUGGUGGAGGAGGCGGUGCGCGACCCGGCCUCGGCGCAGGAGCUCAACAUCGAGCCGGGCGCGGCGGUGGGCCGCGGCCUGCGGCUGCUGUUCGUGCUGUCGUACGUGCAGGCGGCGCAGUUUCUGCACGCUGACAUUUUGGCCGUGCUGCUCGGCAUGCUCCAGACGGACGACGACACGGUGACGCCCAAGGUGCUGGGCGUGCUGCACUUUGUGGGCAAGUACCGGCCGCUGGCGUCCGAGUUCCCCGACCUGAUGGACAGCCUGGUGCCCGUCUGCCAGCAGCUGGCCACGGCCGGCUCGCCCAAGCAGGCCAAGCACGCCAUCCGCUGUCUGUUCGUCAACGUCACCGACAACCAGGAGGGCGUCUUCACCGAGAUACUCGAGCGUCUGAAGUCUGAGCUGGAGCUGGGCCACGAGCACUACCGCACGUCCAUCGUGUCACUGGGCCACAUCGCGCUCCACCUCUCCAACAAGUUCCCCAUCCAGAUCAAAAAUAUCGUCUCCAGGAAAAUCGUCAAGGACCUGCUGAUGCGGGACCUGACGGACAGCGGGGAGAGCGAGGAGGAGUGGUGUGAUGAGGACGCUCUGCCCGAGGGCAUCCGCUGCAAGAUCGAGGGCAUGAAGCUGAUGGCGCGCUGGCUGAUCGGCCUCAAGGACGACGUCAUCUCGGCGCAGAAGACGUUCCGCAUGCUGAUCGCCUUCAUCAUCCACCGCGGCGACCUUCUCGAGGAGGGCAAGGUCAAUAAGCCGGAGGCGGCCUGGCUGCGCUACGCGGCCGGCGCCGCCAUGCUGAAGAUCUGCGAGCAGAAGGGCGUCGGUGACCAGUUCACUGCCGACCAGUUCUACAGUCUCUCCCUGCUGAUGGCCGACGAGUGUCUCCAGGUGCGGGAGCGGUUUGCCGCCAAGCUGCACAAGGGCCUGAGCCGUGGCAUCCCGCACAAGUGUCUGCCGCUCGACUUUAUGGGCAUGUACGCGCUGGCCGGCCAGGAGCCCGACAAGCGGCUCAAGGCCACCGUGCGUGGGUACAUGGCCGCAGACAUCCUGAAGCGCCGCGACGUCAUCAAGAGCCUGCUGCUCAACGGAGGGUCGGAGCGGGCGGCCGACCAGCUGCCGCACAUCAUGCCCGACUACAUGCUGGUGUUCGCCGUGCCCAUCCUGGCGCACGACCCCGACUUUACCGAGUACGACGACGUCGAGUACCUGACCAAGAUCCGCGCCUGCCUCUGGUUCAUCCUUGAGCCGCUGAUCACCAAGAACGACAACUACUGUUUCGGCUUCUACAAGGCGCUGGUGGAGCGGAUGAAGAACCACCUGGACGCAGUGCGCAGUGAGGAGGAGGCCGCCAACCACAAACUGUGGGCCGUCUGUGACCUGGCCAUGGGCCUGCUGCUCACCAAGACAACCAACUUCGAGAUGCGCGAGUUCCCCUCGGAGCCGCGCAUCCCACCCAUGUACUUCCGCAAGCCGGCCGACCCCAACUUCGUCAACGGGAAGAUCUACCUGCCGCCCGAGCUGCAGCACCUGGGAAAGCGGAACAACAUGGUGUCGAUGGCGCACAGCCACAGCAUGAUCAACAAGCGCAUCCAGCUGGCGCAGCAGAUCCGCGCCUCCAAGGCCGGCGCCGCGGCGGCCGCCGCCGCCGCCACCGGGGGCGAGAAGGAGCUGACCCUGAUUGUGCAGGAGUCGCCCGCCGCAGAGGCGGAAACCGAGGAGGAUUCUGCCGGCUCGGGGGCGGCGGCGGCGGCGGCAGCGCGACUGAUUCGGGACCCUCCGGCCACCUACAGCCGGCGCGCCGCCCACGAGCGGGACAGAAACGACGACUCGGUGGAUAGCGCGGCCGGUGGUGACCUGUCGGAGCAGUCAUCGACCUUCUCAGACAGUCCUUCCAAGGACAAACAGGACAAAAUCACCAACUACUUCAAGAAGGCGCCGCGGACGGCGUCCCCGACCCCGAGCAGUCAGCGCUCGACACGCAGCGGCCGCAGCGGCGACUCGUCGGCUGCCGGCGAGGAGGCCGGUCAGCGCGCCGCGCCGCGCACCACCCGCACCAGGGCGGCGGCCACCGAGGAGGCCGCCGAGGCGUCUGGAUCUCGUUCUGUGAACGGUAAGCGGCAGGCGGCUGAGCCGGAGCCGGAGUCUGAGCCGGAGCCGGAGUCGGCCCGGCCGGCGGCCGCCGCCAAGAGGAAGCCGGCGCCGGCCGCCAAGCCGGAGCCGGAGGAACCGAGCCGCAAGUCGGCGCGACACGCCGCGCCAGCUCAGGAGGACGCGGCCGCCGGAAAGAACACACGACUGACGAGGUCGCGAAAAUGAGAGCGGCCGCCGUGAUGGGACCUGACCUGACGAGCGGCGCCCGCCGCGCUGCGCCGCGCCACUGUAUGCCGUGCUGCGCCACUGUAUGCCGCGCCGCGCCUGUUCCGUGCAACUGAGCGAGUUAUGUUAAAGCGUACAAACUUCAGAGUGUUUUUUAAUGCGCGCGCCGCCCCGCCCGUACCGAAUACACACUGUCUGGGGCCGCG